AUGGGACAAAUUCUUAAUAAGAUUUUUACAUCAGCAGACGACAAUUUAGAAACAUUUUCUCUUCUUUGGCUCGAUGGUUUAGUUAACCAAACAGAAGAGAAUCGUCAAGCUCAAGAAGAGCUUCGAGCAACAAUCAAUCAACUAAAAGCAUUUGAAGAUUCUAAUCAGUGUGAACAAUAUAUAAAAGCUGUACCAAAAGAAGAUCGAAUUGUUUUGAUAGUUAGUGGACAAUUAGGUCGACAAAUAGUGCCUCGUCUUCAUCCAAUUGAACAAGUCUUAUCAAUAUAUGUUUAUUGUUGCAACCAAAAUUCAAAUGAACAAUGGUCUGCUGCAUAUUCAAAAGUAAAAGCUGUAGUUACAAAUUUAAGAGAACUUAUUGCUCGGAUUCAGUUCGAUCAUGAAAAACAACAGCAGGAUAACAUGUAUGAGUCAUUACCAAUUAGUAUUUUUGAUCCGAAGAUUGUUCAUGAAAAACUUACAACUGAUCUUCAAGGUCAUCUUGUGCAUUCACAAUUAUUAAUUAAUUGUCUUCUUCAAGUGAAAUCGGAUGUGAGUGAUAAGAAUGAGCUAAUAUCACUGAGUAAAAAUAUAUACAGAAAGAAUCGAAAUGAAAUGAAAAUUAUCGAGGAGUUUGAGAGAGAUUAUUCACCAGAUCGAGCUAUUUGGUGGUAUACCAGAAACUCAUUUCUUUCUCGAUUAUUGAAUAAAGCUCUUCGAACACAAAAUAUUGAUAUUUUAUUUUUAUUUCAAUUUUUUAUUGUUGAUAUUCGACAACAACUUGAAAAAUAUCGACGUACAGCACCGAUAAUCACUUAUCGAAGUCAAUUUAUGUCAAAUGAUAAAUUUAAAAAGUUAAAAAACUCUGUUGGACAAUUUAUAUCAAUCAAUUCAUUCUUUUCAGCUACUAUGGAUACAAAAAAAGCUCUUUCAUAUCUAUCAAAUUCCGAUGGGUUAGAAAGAGUAUUGUUCAAAAUUGAAGCUGAUUCUAGACUCGGUAGCGAUAAGCCAUUUGCUAAUAUUAAAUCACUUAGUUUUUCUGGAGAAGACGAAAUAUUUUUCACGUUGGGAUCGAUUUUCCAAGUCGUUAAAGUUUUUAUUGAUGAUCAAGAAAUAUGGCAAGUUCAUUUGAAAUUAUAUUCUGAUAAGAGUGAACAAAUUUAUUUAAUUCCUGAUAAAAAUCAACUUCUUUCAUUUGGUCAUGUACUUAUGACAAUGGGCAAAGUGGAUGAAGCAAAGAUAUAUUAUCAACGUUUACAUAAAGGACUACCACCUGGUCAUCCAGAUGAAGCUCGUUGUUAUGAAGCACUUGGAAGUAUAGCUGACGAACAAGGUGAUUAUGAGACUGGUCUUAAGUUAUACGAGCAAUCUCUUCAAAUCAAUAUGAAGAAAUGGGGCAACCAACAUCCAGAUAUUGCAUCGAAUUAUAAUAGUAUUGGAGAAAUUUAUCGAAAGCUAGGUGAUUACGCUAAAGCACGCGAAUAUUAUGACAAAGCAUUGCAAGCUUUUGGAAAAGAUCCAGCAGGUAAAGCGCUUGCAAAACAAGCUGUAUGUUAUAACAAUAUUGGUAUUGUCUAUCAAGAACAAAAGCAAUACAAAGAAGCGCUCGAAUAUUAUCAGAAAGCAUUUGAAAUACGUCAAAAAUAUUUUCCAUCUGAUGAAACAUCUUUAGGCAUGUCGUAUAACAACAUUGGCAAUGCUCAUUAUUUACUUAAACUUUAUGAUGAUGCAAUAUUUUAUUAUCAAGAAGCUCUGAAAAUUUAUAAAAAAACUCUUCCUCCACAACAUCCAAAAUUUGCAUCAACUUAUAAUAAUAUAGGUGCCAUCUAUGAUGACCAGGGAAAAUUAGAUGAGGCCUUAUAUCAUUAUAAAGAAGCGCGCCAAAUCUAUUGUAGUAUAAAUCCUCCUACACAUCCAAAUGUAAUCAAAAUAAAAGAAAACAUUGACCGUAUCAAGUUGAAAAUGAAAAAAUAG